AUGACUCGCACGACAUGGACCACGGACAAUCAAAGAGAGUGGCUAGAACAAUGUAAGGCCGCCUUCAUUGAGGCCAAACAGAAAGGCACCGCUGCUCUCAAGGAGUUUUACCCUGGAACCUUUGCGUUAUUUCAAGAGAAAUGGCCAAUGGACCCCGUGACCAGUGACAAAGUUACUGCUGCAGGAUCCACUGAGCUUGCGACUAAAAUCAAACGUGACAAGAAUGACAAGGCAUGCCAUAGUCCCAUCCUCAAGAUAAAGCCAAAGCCGAAAAUGCUUCAAGAAUGGCAAGCAUAUCACGCCUUAACAUAUACCAAGCAAUGGAAACCAUAUGUCGACAAUGAAUGGGAGACUUACAAGAAGGAGUGGGAGGCUGUGAACCCAAAUGAGAAGAAACCUCCUAAGAGUAGGCUCCAGAUCAUGGUUGAAUUUAUCAAUACUUUCCAUUCCUCCACUGAUUCUUACCAGAUUCUGUGGAUUCCAGCCGGAAUCCAGGAAUUCUGGAGGAUUCCAGGAAUUCUGGAGGAUUCCAGGAAUUCUGGAGGAUUCCAGGAAUUCCAAAGGAAUCUGACUGGAAUAUGCAGGAAUUUAACUGGAAUAGGCAGAAAAUCUCAUUAUUUAAGUUAUAAAUCAGAAUAG